CUCACGCAGACAGACGUUGAGAGAACGGUAGGAUUUAAAUACCAUAAGCGGGCGACCUGCUCAGCCCUUCGGGUGCGGGAGGGUGACUGUUUUGUGUCUUUGCUAGACCGGGAGAGCAGGGGGAGGAGGAGGAGGAACGGAUAAUGAGCUAUUCUUGUACCAGCACAGGCAAGAGCCAGGACCCAUCGAGCUCUAAGAAGUCCGGCGGCGUUAAUCCCGCUAGUUGCAGCGGCGGCGGAGACACCGGCAAAGGAAACAACAGCCUCAGCAUCCACGGCGGCAGACCGAACUCGAAGCCCGAUUCAACCGAGGCCAUGAAAGUCAAGAAGGGCUGCAACGCGACAAAUGUCGGGGUACCCGUAACAACAGAAGAAGAGCUGCUCGCGAACAAAACGAUCACCCCUGAAGAUGUGCUGGGUUUGCAGAAGAUCACAGAAAAUUAUCUGUGUAGUCCAGAAGACAAUGUAUACAACAUUGACUUCACAAGGUUCAAGAUCAGGGACAUGGAGACAGGGACGGUUCUCUUUGAGAUCACCAAACCCCCGUCCACAGGGGAUAAAAGAGAUGUCGAUCCAAACGCAGGACGCUUUGUACGGUAUCAGUUUACACCGGCUUUCCUUAGGCUACGACAAGUAGGAGCCACCGUUGAGUUCACAGUAGGGGAUAUCCCCAUCAAUAACUUUCGGAUGAUCGAGAGGCAUUACUUCCGUGAACAGCUGCUCAAGAGUUUCGACUUUGAGUUCGGCUUUUGUAUCCCCAGCAGCAAGAACACAUGCGAGCACAUCUAUGAGUUUCCACCGCUCUCUGAAGAUAUCAUACGUGAGAUGAUCCUUCAUCCCUAUGAGACGCAGUCUGACAGCUUUUACUUUGUGGACAACAAGCUGGUCAUGCACAACAAAGCAGAUUACUCGUACAGCGGAGGACCUUAGGACAAAAGUGUGUUUGACUGACAGACCUAAGAACCAAUCACAUGUCUUUGUCCAACAGUUGAAUCAGUGUCACAGAUGACGGCCUGCAGUGCGUCGAGGCGGUUUUACUACUGUACAGUCUGGUCUGAUGCAUACAUAUCCUUCUGAGUUUAACACUGCCAUCGUUCACAGUACAUCAGCAAGUAUUUCUCUUCGUUUAUUUUGUAAGAUUCCCCAACAAGCAAAUUAAGUGCCAGCCCAUUUUUAUACGGGCAAGGCACUGUAAGGUAAUGUGAAUGGUACUUAGGUUUAAUGUUUAUUGUUUGUGUGUGUGUGGGUUUUGAUGAAAUCAUUUUUUGUGUGUGUUUGUAUGUGUGGGUAUUAGAAACAGAUAAGGUCAUCAUGUAUUGUAGAUGUCAAAUAUUUCUUUUCUCUGGCCGAAUAAGCUACAUCCCAUCAUGUUUCAUGCUCUGGUAAAUAGAAUAUGAUUUUAUGGCGAGACCUUGACAAAAUAUUGAUAGAUUUGUGUUGCAUUAGAUAUAUUUUGAUAUAAACUUAAUUUUGUUGAUAUUUGUGUGGAUUAAAACGAAGAAAAAAAUUAAAACUUAAUUAAAUAAAAAUCAUGAAUCUGUCAUCUGUAUAUCCAGUGGUGUGCAGUUAAGUAUACAUGAAGUCGCUUUGGUAACACAUUUUAAAGGUUGAAAUAUGUUUAUGGAAAACGUCUAACAGAAUGGAAACGGGAUCACAGCGGAUCUUACAAGCCUUGACAUCUCAACUGUCCAGAUAUUGUGGUCUGUUUUUGUAUUCGUAGAAAACACAGAAUAAGAAACCUGUUUUCAACUUUCUAAAGUACUUUAAAGUUAAAGUUUGAGAGGUCAGAAGGCAUCUCCUGUCUUUAUAUAACAUUCCCUUUUUCUCACAUUCCAGUGAGCUCCUUCAUGGAUGUUUAGUGCACGUAACUGAGGUUAGAUCUAACGUUUCAUCCAAGGAUGUAUCGUAACUAUGAUCCUUCUAUUCAUAGUGCAAGAUGUGUGUUUAGGAGACUGACGUAAGAAAAAACAAUUCUGGUUUGGGUAAAGACAAUACUUUAAAAAAUUCUGAGCGUCAAAGCCGAUGAUGAAUAACUUGAAAAUGUUUCUAGUCAAAGAUGUAACAACUUUAUUUAAGAUUGUGAUUUAUUGUAAAUGAUUUUGAUGAAAUAAAUAAAAACAUAUGUUUUGGACAGUUCAAUGCCAGUAUGGAAUAAAAGUGAAAUAAAUGUAUAUGUUGAAUUUUUUUGAAAAUAU